AUGCAGAUUUUCGUAAAGACCCUCACUGGAAAGACCAUCACCCUUGAUGUCGAGCCAUCUGACACCAUUGACAACGUCAAGACCAAGAUCCAAGACAAGGAAGGUAUUCCCCCAGAUCAGCAACGCCUUAUUUUUGCCGGAAAGCAAUUGGAGGAUGGGCGCACCUUGAGUGAUUACAACAUCCAAAAGGAGUCUACUCUUCACUUGGUUCUUCGUCUUCGUGGGGGACACUGCCAAGUUCCCUGCGGAAUCUUUGAUGAUCCAGCCAUGGUCGGCCAACUCAAGGAAAUGGCUGUUACCAUUCGCAAGUCCAUGGCCCAAUCCAAAGAAUUGCACGCUGCUGGAGACUUGCAAUCCAUGAACCAAAUUGUUCGUUGGAUCAAUACCAAGGAGGAGCACUGUGCCAAGAUUAUCACCAUGGUUGGUGAAUACUGCUUGUGUCAACGAGUCAAGCCAACUGUCUUUGGCAGUGACAAGGACUACGUCGAUGCUCUGAAGGCCCAUCAUGCUGUCAUGCAAGCUGCCAUGAAGGCCAAGCAAACGGUCGAUGUUGCUGCCUGUGAUGCCUUGGACCACGCUUUGGAAGAUAUGGCUAAGAUGUACAUCAAGGAUUAA